AUGAAUACACCAAUAACAUUAGGUGCUUUAACCCUAAAAAAUAGAUUCAUUGUUGCACCCCUAACAAGAAUAAGAGCUGAUCCAAAGGAUGGCGUUGCUAAUGACUUAGUGGCUGAGUAUUACGGUUAACGUACCUCUUAUGGCUUAAUAAUUACAGAAUGCAGCUAAAUUGAUAUAUAAUCUAAUGGCUUCCCUGGUUCAUGCGGUAUUUAUUCUAAAGAAUAAGUACAGGGAUGGAAGAAAGUUGUAGAAAAUGUCCAUAGUAAAGGAGGAUUAAUCAUGCUUUAAAUUUGGCACUGUGGUAGGGCUGCAAAACUUUAAAAUACAGGAGGAAAAAAAAUAGUUUCUUCUACUGAUGUUCCCCUUUCUGACCCUGGUAGUGAUACUCCCCAUAGACUUACAGUUCCUGAAAUAAAAGAAAUUGUAGAGUAGUUUAGAUAGGGAGCUAUAAAUGCUAAAGAGGCUGGCUUUGAUGGAAUUUAAUUACAUGGUGCUAAUGGUUACUUAGUAGACUAAUUCUUAAGAAAUGGUGUCAAUGAUAGGACAGACGAGUAUGGUGGAUCAAUUGAAAAUCGUAGUAGAUUUGCUUUAGAGGUUCUGGAUGCUUUAAUUUCUGUCUUUGGUCCUGAAAGAACUGCUAUUAGAAUUUCACCAACAGGUAAUUUCUAAGACAUGUAUGAUAGUAACCCACUUGAGUUAUAUUAAUAUCUCCUCAAAGAAUUUGAGAAAAGAAAGUUAGCAUUUGUUGAAAUAAGAAGACAUGCUUAAAGAAUAGCCAAUUUUAUACCUAAAGGUUUAAAUGUUACUCUUGAUUAGCAAAUACCUGAUCUUUUUAAUACUCUAAGAAAAUACUACUCUGGUAAUAUAGUAGGUAACGAUAGUAUUACCAUUGAAGAAGCAGAAAAACUCACAAUUAAUAAAACUGUUUAGGCUGUUUCAUUCGGUAAACUUUCUAUUUCAAACCCUGACCUUCCUAUCAGAUACUAAAAUAAUUGGCCAAUAAACUACAAUUAUGACGUUGAAACUUUUUACAAAGGUGGAGAAAAAGGUUAUAUUGAUUAUGAAACUUACAAGCCUGUAAAUUGA